GUUAUUUCAUAAUAUGUGGUAAAAAUUCCUUGUAAAGCAUAAAGAAAGAGUUUCACAUUGGCGCAAUAUCCAUCAGAUCUCUACAAUUUCUGUCUAUAACACAAUGAAGCGGUGUCAGCGGAUGCUGUUUCAUUUUGUCGUCUUUCUUUCCAUGAUUGUUCAACAGAUCCUAGCAAUGGGGGUUGUUUCGUGCAAUAGUGAUGCGGAUUGCGGAGCUAAUUCAUUUUGUAAUGAACAAUGUCGGUGUAAAGAAGGAUUUUUUUCUUUUGGAAAUGAAUUUUGUCCCUCUGGAGUAGGCUGUUUUGCAACAUGUGAUAUCGCUGGCGAUGGUUCCGAAUGUAAUAAUGGAAAAUGUCAAGUGAAAUUUUAUUUCCCGGAAUGUGUCUGUGAGGAGGGAUUUGAAGGCGUACAAUGCGACGAAAGAAUCAGUACAACCAUGACUACCACCACAACAGAGUCAACCACCACUCGAAGACGAAGCGGUGCACUUCCAGUUCUAGCGGCAGCAGUAGGUAUUCCGGUGCUCGCGCUAGUAGCCGCUGGGAUACUAGGAACUGCUGCCUUUUCUGGAUAGAGUGUGUUCGAAUCUUAUUACUUCAGUAAAACUGUUCACAAAUACAUGUAUGUUGUUUAAGAA